CACAGCUCCUUCCAUCAUUACUCACACUAUUCCCUUCUCUGCCAAAAAUAUCUGCUCUUUAAUCCUCCUUCCCUUUUCCCAAUUUUGCUUUUGAUAUGGCAGCUGAAGAAGCCCAGAAGGUAGAGGUUGAACCCGAGUGCCCGCCGGAGCCACCACCUGCCGCCGCUGAGGUGGAGGAGAAAGCUAUUGUUCCACUUGAACCACCUCCUGUUCCUCAAGAAAAUCCCGUUGAUGAUUCCAAAGCCCUCGUUCCAGUUGAAAAGCCAACAGAGCCUUCCAAGGAUAAACCUGCAGAGGGUUCUGUCAACAGAGAUGCUGUUCUUGCCAGAGUUUCAACAGAGAAGAAAGAUGCACUAAUCAAAGCUUGGGAAGAAAGUGAGAAGUCCAAAGCAGAGAACAAAGCUCAACAGAAGCUAUCUGCCAUUGGAGCUUGGGAGAACAGCAAGAAAGCAGAUCUAGAAGCUGAUCUCAAGAAGAUUGAGGAGAAUUUGGAGAAGAAGAAGGCCAAGUAUAUUGAAAAGCAGAAGAACAAAAUCGCUCUCCUACACAAACAAGCAGAAGAGAAGAGAGCAAUGACGGAAGCGAAACGUGGAGAAGAUCUUCUCAAAGCAGAAGAAGUGGCGGCCAAGUGCCGAGCUACUGGAACCACCCCCAAAAUAGGAUGGUUUAGCUAGAUGUUUCCAUAAACUCUAGUAUGUGCCAUUUGUAAAGUUUCUUAUAGUAUCUUGCUAUAUCUUAGAUGUUUGCUUAUUUAUGUUGCGAAUGAUUGGUUGAAUGUUUCAUUAUUUGGUGUGCAUAGUAAUGCAAAUUAUGUGUAUAUAAACCAUUUGUAAGAAACAAAUUUGAAUGUGAUAUUUAUGUUCCAUGAAGUUUCA